AUGCCGGGUCCCCUCGCUGCCUUGAUACCGGUCAUUGCUGGCGCUGCUGCACGCGCAGCACCUCCCGCAGUCGGUAAGGCAGCUGCUCAAAGUGUUGCCAAAGCCGCACCCAAGACUGCUGCACCCAAGCCUGCUGCUCCCAAGCCUCAGCCUCCCAAGCAGAACAACCCGCCCAAGCCCAAAGACGACAAGAAGCCUGAGCAAAAGAAGGAUGACAAGAAGCCCGAGCAAAAGAAGGAUGACAAGAAGCCUGAACCAAAGAAGGACGACAAAAAGCCCGAGCAAAAGGACGAGAAAAAGCCCGAGCAAAAGAAGGACGAGAAAAAGCCCGAUGACAAGAAGCAGGAUAAUAAGCCUGGGCAGAAGAAGGACGACAAAAAGCCCGAUGACAAGAAGCAGGAUAAUAAGCCUGGGCAGAAGAAGGACGAGAAAAAGCCCGAUGACAAGAAGCAGAAUAAUAAACAGAAGAAGCCUACGCGUGGCUGUGAGAAGAAGGAGGAACUCACAGAACAAGCUCUCGACACUACUUCUCAAGUCAUCGAUCGCAUCACGAACCGCCCUGGCCGGGACGAUGAUGCCACCUCAGAUUCUCUCAAACUCGCAGGGCCCAAGCCCAAGAACCCCGUGGUGGCGCCCAAGGCUCCCAAGGCCGGUGAUGUACUUGUCUCCCUUGCUGUUAAGAACAACGGCCAGGAUUGGUUCUGGUUCGUCCACCACCCUACCGAGACCAACACAGGCAUGACCAUGCAUGCCGAGGGUACCAUCACCAAGGGAUUUACGGUUAAACUCACACGCAAGACCACCGUCGAAAAGCUCGAGUCUGCCACGGGCACCAAGUCACUCGAGCUGAUCAAGCUGCAGUGGGUUGAGAAGCGUUGGUGGGACGAGGACAUGUUCGCCCCCAACAAGGCUGCCAAGGCGGAGGCUCCCUUUGAGACAACCGCGUAUGGCGUAAAGCCUCCCACAGUGACCGAGUGCGCUCCCGUCAAGGAGACCGCCACUGAGAUGGCCAUGGAUAGGAUGACCGCCCGUAUCAAGCGCAAGGACGACAAGACCUGGGUCCUCGAGUCGUGCGAGGCUCUGGUCCGUGCCGGAGCCCUCAAGCAGAACGUCUUGACCUUCCUUGAGAAGCUCAAGGACAGCUACGGCACCCUCGGCGGCAAGAAGCCCACCGGCCCCAAUGUUAGCCCGGCCAACCCUGGCAAACAGCCGAUCUGCGGUACUCCCAGCAGGGGCGGAGAUAGCCUCCCUACCAAGACCAAUAGGCCUAAUAUGCCGAGCACACCUGGGAAUGCUACACCGCGUAAGACUGGAAAUGGCACUCCAAAGAAGGGCGUCACUGGAAAGCCUCCUGCCAUCAACGCGGCUGCUGUCAACAAAUAG